AUGUUCUCGGUGCAACUUUGGUACACCUGUUACACAGCCCUUCGCGAGCUGUACGGCAACGCAGCAGGCGCCCCAGGCCAUCCUUUGGCUUCGUUGGUUUCGCAGCAGCGGUUUCUGGAGCUGUCCCGGUUCGGAUUGAGGCACUACGACCUCGCGCAGCACAUGCUCACGCAGCAAGGAGCCGUUACCAAACUGCUUGGCCCAUCUUAG